AAGUUCCCAUUUCUUCCUCAAGUCAACUCAUCCAGGCUCCUUGCUGCCUGUGAAAUCUUCGGAGUGAGCCCACCAGCUUCAGGGACUCGACCAUGGGAACUCCUGCCAGCUCUGUCCUCAGAACAAGAUGGCUGUUUUGGGUACCCCUGGUGUGCUCCCUGUCAAUGGAACAAUUGCAGAGAGAUCCUAACCUGGAUCACCACUGGCAUCUCUGGAAGAAAGCCUAUGGCAAACAAUACAAGGAAAAGGGCCUUGAUCAUGCUAGGCAAAAGUUCUCUAAACCAUUGCUCUACACCCCCAGUGACUUUGAUGUUCACAAACUCAACAUAUCAGUGAGAUCGCAUGAUACAUAUCCAGAAGUGGAAUUGGUGGAACAUGUGAAUGAAGAAGGAGCGCGGCGUCUCAUCUGGGAAAGGAAUCUAAAGUUUGUGAUGCUUCACAAUCUAGAACAUUCCAUGGGAAUGCAUUCAUAUGAUCUAGGCAUGAACCACCUGGGAGACAUGACCAGUGAAGAAGUAAUGUCUUUAAUGAGCUCUCUCAGGGUUCCCAGCCAGUGGCAGAGAAAUGUCACUUACAAGUCAUACCCUAAUCAGAAUUUGCCUGAUUCUAUGGACUGGCGAGAGAAGGGCUGUGUCACUGAAGUGAAAGCCCAGGGCUCUUGUGGUGCCUGCUGGGCUUUCAGUGCCGUGGGUGCCCUAGAAGCACAGGUAAAGCUAAAAACAGGAAAGCUGGUGUCCCUCAGUGCACAGAACCUGGUGGACUGUGCGACUGAAAAAUACAGGAACAAAGGCUGUAAUGGGGGCUUCAUGACCGAGGCUUUCCAAUACAUCAUUGAUAACAGUGGCAUUGAAUCAGAAGCUUCUUAUCCCUACAAAGCCAAGGAUGAAAAAUGUCAUUACGACUCAAAAAAUCGUGCUGCCACGUGUUCAAGGUACACCGAGCUUCCCUAUGGCAGUGAAGAUGCUCUGAAAGAAGCUGUGGCCAAUAAAGGACCUGUGUCUGUGGGCAUAGAUGCCAGCCGUCCCUCCUUCUUCCUCUACAGAAGUGGUGUUUACGAUGACCCCACCUGCACACAGAAUGUGAACCAUGGUGUACUAGUGGUUGGCUAUGGAAACCUUGAUGGGAAAGACUACUGGCUUGUGAAAAACAGCUGGGGCCUUCACUUUGGUGAACAAGGAUAUAUUCGGAUGUCAAGAAAUAAUAAAAAUCAUUGUGGGAUCGCUAGUUUUUGCUCUUACCCAGAAAUCUAAAGGAUUUCUUCAUUUUAUAACAAGUCAAGAAGAUGAAAUGCUCUCUUAAUUUUACCUGCUGUGUCCAGAAGAAAUAAGCAUUUCAUGAUCAAUGUGUACUUAACAUACUAAGUAGAAAAUAAGUUAAUCUCUUUGCUUUAUAACUUUACUUGUCUCUGAAAAAAAGUGCAAAACAAGUUAAUCAUGUAUUAUAGACAUAACUAUAAGAGCUGCCGCCCGGGAUAUCAUCCUUGCUCUUGUUGUGCCUUAUACCCUUUGUCUUAAGUUUUCUAAUAGCCUUUUGUGACAUGAUACUCUAAAGUGCUUAAUAAAUCUGUUGUUUCAGGUCUCUA